AUGGACCGGGGCUGGAGACGGUCGGGCACGUUACUGUAUAUGCCCGACGUCUCACGAUCAUGCUGUCCCCAUUACACCAUUCGGUAUGAGCAACAGCUGUGCAGCAAAGUCUCCAUAAAAGUACUGAACCAUAUCAACAGACUACCGUCCGCCGACUUCAAGCCGAGUCGCGACCAGAGACAAGCUCUCAAUCGAUGGAACAGAUUCGUGCUAGGCGACAAGUACAUCCAGGAGCUGGAGAGGAAACAUCCCAAGACCAAAGCCGAAAAGAAAGCCCAGGAAUCCUACUUCAACCUCCCCACCACCGUCCACGCCUCCGAACUCUCCACCCUCAAGCCCGACAUCAUCCCGGAACACAACUUCGCCGUCACCCUCGAACCCGACACCUUCACGGAAGAAAAAUACGCCCUCUUCGCCAACUACCAGAAACACGUCCACCACGAGCAGGGCUCCGAGAUCUCCCGACCGGGAUUCAAACGCUUCCUUUGCUCCUCACCCCUACAUCGGCAUCCAGAUCCCGCCGACGGCAAAGACCUGGGCAGCUAUCACCAAUGCUACCGUCUUGACGGCCGCCUCAUAGCCCUCGCCGUGCUAGACCGCCUUCCCCACGCCGUGAGCGGGGUCUACUUCCUCUACCACUCGGACUUUGCGAAAUGGUCGUUUGGGAAGCUGUCGGCUUUGAGGGAGGCGGCGUUGGCGGGGGAAGGGGGCUAUAGGUACUACUACAUGGGGUACUAUAUUCACAGCUGCAAGAAGAUGAGGUAUAAGGGCGAUUAUCGUCCGCAGUAUGUUCUGGAUUAUGCGAGUGGGGGGUGGGACGUCUUGGAUCAGGAGAUGAGGGGGUGUAUGGAGGGGAGGGGGUGGGCGAGUAUGUCGAGGGAGCGAGCGAGGAAGGAGAGGAAUGGGGCGGGUGUGAGUGCGGAGGAGGAGGGAGAGAGUGAGGAACGUGCAGUUAACGCCAAUGGAACUGCCACUGCUCUUUCUACUCCUGUUCCUUCUUCGGGCGAGCAAGCCGCGGAUGCGACCACUCGGGACGACCACGACGAGCUGGAAGAUGAUACAGACGAACUCGUGUUACAUCCCACGCCCACGGCGGCCUGUGCUUCCGGCCUAUCGCUCCUCGAGCUCGGAAUGCCGGGGAUCCUGACGUUAGAGGAAGUCCUUGGUAGAGUGGAUCUGGAUGCGAUGAAGCUCUUCCUCGGGGGAAAGGGUGGAGAUGUGCAUGAGAUGCGGGAUUUGGUGUCGUGGGGUGAAGAAGACGAUGAUGAUGGAGACGGAGAUGGAGACGGGGAUGAUAGACCGCUGCCGCAGCAGCUGAAGAGGAUGAGCGGGAUGAUGAAGACGAUUGCUGAGUUUGCCGCUGUGGUGGGGUCGGAGGUCGCGAGGGGGAUUGUGGUGGAUUUCAGUCGGGGUUGA